GCUCUGCUGUGUAGCUCCGAGCUGAUUGGUGGAGGCCGCUGGAGAGCCGUCGUUUGAAUAUGUUAUUGUAGUGCUGUGCAUAGUGGAUGCUGCUUACCGCUGUUCAGCCAGUUGCCAUACCUACUAUUUAACAAACCAUUGAAUUGUUAGACGGCAAUUACAGUAUUUUUCCUUUGUGGUCGUGACCGCUGGUUUAGAGGCUAUGCGUCGAAAGGGCAAAACUCCUCAACAUCGCCCCCCACUGCCAGCCCCAGGAACGUCCACUUCAACACGCUUGUCCCCGAGGCGAAGUGGAGUUUCAAGAGUUUCAGGGAAGCCUCCUGUUUCUCCCAAGAAGAGACGAUUUAGACCAGGAACCAAGGCCUUACAGGAGAUCCGCAAGUAUCAGAAGAGCACUGAUCUUCUGCUGAGGAAGGGACCAUUCUCUCGCUUGGUUCGUGAGGUAUGUCAAAGUAUUUCCAGAGAGACUCUCCGAUGGCAGGUCUACGCUCUUAUGGCCCUGCAGGAGGCAGCAGAGGCCUUUCUCGUCAUGAUAUUUGCAGAUGCUAACCUAUGUGCCAUCCAUGCCAAGAGGGUCACCUUGUUUCCCCGUGAUAUUCAGCUGGCUAGGAGGAUCCGGGGGGUGGAUAAACUGUAAAAAAAAAAAAAAAAAAAGAAAAGAAAAGAAAGAAAGGCAAUAUAGUCUGAAGCAACUGAAGUAAACCUGUUAUGGUGAUAACUGUUAAUAUUUUUUCUAUUGCAUUUACAUUAUGUAUUAUUUUAAUCUGGACAAAAUGUGUUCUUAUAAAGUAUACAAAAUAUCUAUAUGUAUUUUUGUGUGUUUGAAUGUUAACAUGCCUACUCAAUGUUCAAUAAAUAAAGAGCAGGCA